AGAUAAGACAGAGCCAAUGAAGUAGCUGCAAGGUGGAGCUUAACGCUCAGUCUAUAAGCGCUGCAGUCUGUGCUGAGUCGAGCGCACUAGCUGUAGAAGCUGUUGUGUGAUUCUGUAUGGACUGCCUGUGUUGAGCAGCGGGGGCUGAAGCUGCUCCAGCCCGGACUCUGUCUUUAUCUGUUAAGUGCUCUCGCAGCCUCCUCUCGCCUGUACCGACCCUGACACCAUGCACACCCUGCAGAAGGACACUACCUUUACCAAGAUCUUUGUGGGCGGCUUGCCCUAUCACACUACUGACUCGUCCUUAAGGAAAUACUUUGAGGUGUUUGGGGACAUCGAGGAGGCGGUGGUGAUUACUGACCGGCAGACGGGGAAGUCCCGGGGCUACGGCUUUGUCACCAUGGCAGACAGGGUCUCAGCAGACCGAGCAUGUAAAGAUCCCAAUCCCAUCAUCGACGGCAGAAAAGCCAAUGUCAAUCUAGCCUACUUGGGAGCAAAACCAAGAGCCAUACAAACUGGAUUUGCUUUGGGCGUCCAGCAGAUUCACCCAGCUCUGAUCCAGCGUCCCCUUGGGCUCACUGCCCAGUACAUAUACCCACAAGCUAUUGUGCAGCCUGGAGUCGUCCUUCCAACCCAGCUGCAGUCAGUGACCUCUCCUUUCAUUGACUAUACAGCUUCUGCUACCUACGCGCAGUAUGCCACCUACGAUCAGUACCCAUACGCCGCCUCACCUGCUGCCAGCUACCUUGGAUUCGGCUAUUCCGCUCUGCAGCAGCCUGUGGUGGGCGGGAGUCCCGCUGCUGCCACAGCCGCUUUCGUACAGUAUCCUCCUCAACCACUGCAACCUGACCGGAUGCAAUAAAGGAAAAGGAGGAAGGGAAGGAGAAGGAUUAAAUGAUAAAGGACCUCACAUCAUCCGCUUGGGACUGUUAUUCUAAGGUGGAAAGAUACACGGGCGAUUAAUGGGAUAUUACUGUGAGAUCUCAUUGAACGGGUGAAUAUGGAGAGCUGUUUUGAAGUAUUAGUGGGGCAGACAGGAACCUGGGCUCCUCGAAGAUGAGUCAUCUCUUUCAGUUUACCUUCUGGAAAGAAGUGCCUCUGAUCAGAAACCGAACAUUAAUCACAAGCCAGGAAAGCAGACAACCCUCCCUCUAUCUCUCUCUGUUACUGUCUGUCUUUCUGUUUUUGUCUCUCUCACUCUCUGCCUUUCUCUCGUCAGCCUCUCUCUCUCUCUCUCUCACCCUCUCAAUACCCACCUCUGCCCCUUUCCCCCAAUUACAUAAUGUAUUCUCUCCUUAUCACCACCUCUUAGAAUAAAGAGUAGCAGACUGUUUAUUGUAAGGUACGAACUGCAGCAGAAAUGAUGCAGCGAGAUAAAAGAACACACAGACAAAACGCUAUUUUUGUUGUAUAAAAACCUAUUAUUUAUCAAUACCUUACAGAGGAUAAAAAUUGUGACUACUUUUUAAUAUUUAUUGCGAUCAACUGUGAAUCGCAACUGGGGAAAGAGGAAAGUUAGUUGUUCAGCUACCAAUGUAUAAAUUAUUGUAAGUAGAUUAUAAAUUAAUAGGUUGCUAAUUAAUUUCAAUAUGCAAAAAAAAACUUUGGAAGGGAAGCAAUAUUUCUGUAGUCAGAACACUGUUCUAUUUUCUUAAUUUUGUAAUUAAUCUUAAGAUCAUCUCAACUUGGGUAUAUAUUUUUUAAAAGAGAGCUUUUUUUUAGAAAGCUAAUUGUAUAUGAACAGGACAGUAAUUUUUAUCAAUUUAAUGGUGCAGUAUUCAUCUCGUGUUCUAUCCGAUACCCUGUAAGGAACUGGGACUUCCUAACUGUAAAAACACCUGCUGUGUUGAGAAGCAAACUGACUAGAUGUCUAAUAGAUUUGGAUACCAAACGUUUUAUACCCAGCUGAAAUGAAUGAGAAGUUUUAAGUUAUAAAUGCAAUUUUUAAAUAAUUUUUUUGUAAAAAAAUGUUUUUAAAAAAAGCAAAAGCGUUUUAGGCUCAAAGCGACAAUUACAUGUAACGGCAUUCCUAUCGGACUGUAGCAGGUACUGAGAAAAAUGUUUUCAAUGUUGUAUUAAAGGAACAUAAAUAUCAAAUGAAA